AUGACUAGUGUUUCGGAAGAUGGAAUCUUAUAUCAUUUCAAGUCGUCGCUGAAAGUUGGAGAAAUCGAGCGAUUUAUAAUUACCUAUCACUUAUACGAUGAUGAAGUAGGACUACCCCCCGACCUUUCACUAAACUCACUAUGGUUGAGAAUACAAAAUACCGAAAGCUUCACGUUUAGAGCGGCGUACUUAAUGGGCCCUUAUUUGCUGUAUUGCGAUGUGAGAACUUCAGAUUAUCACCAUUCUCAAAGACUAUUCGUUUCUGCCGAUCAGCCCAAAUUUGAACCUAUGCUGCAACCGCAGCAGGAUUUUUUCGCAGAGCUAUCACUACAUAACCUCAAGAAGACAUACGUGUGGGUAGUAGAUAUUGCAAGCCAGAUUAUAUUCACGAACACAGCCAAGAUUGGGUUCGAAAUUUCAAUUGGAUCUUCGAAAAAAAGUCUGCUGAAAGCGUCUAGGUGUGAAGCGCUUCUAGGCUCUUCCUCGUCCAAGUUAAAUGUGGUUCGCCUCAAUACGCUGGACUUAUGGAAUUUGAAUGAGAAAGUCUCACCUCAUGCAAACCAGAAGGAGCACUUAGUCGUAUUGACGCAUGGAUUGCAUUCUAAUGUGCCUGCUGACCUUUUUUACCUCAAAGAGCAAAUUGAAAAGUGUCAGAAGUAUUACACCGACGAGCAACUUGUGGUGAAGGGAUUCAGUGGCAAUGUCUGUAAGACCGAAAAGGGUGUACGAUACCUUGGGACCAGACUAGCAGAGUAUAUUGUCAAGGAGCUUUAUUCGGAGCGCGUAACAAAGAUUUCUUUAAUCGGCCACUCUCUGGGAGGCUUGGCCCAAACUUUUGCCAUUGCAUACAUCUCUAUUAACUACCCAUGGUUCUUCGAAAAAGUUCAACCCAUCAAUUUCGUUACUCUAGCUUCACCCUUGCUGGGGAUAGUUACUGAUAACCCGGCUUACGUUAAUCUCCUUUUAUCAUUCGGCAUUGUUGGCAAAACUGGUCAAGAUCUGGGUCUUAAAGAGUGCUGCGAGGAUGGGAAAGCACUCCUCUAUUUCCUCCCGGGAGAGCCAACGAAGAAAAUACUAAAAAAAUUCAGGCGUCGUACUCUUUAUGCGAACGCCAUCAAUGAUGGCAUAGUUCCGCUUUAUUCAGCUUCUUUGCUUUUCCUAGAGUAUAAAGAAGUUCUGAGUCAACUGGAGAAUUUGCCAGAAUUUCAACAGAAGCUACCAAACACAAAUUCUACUGAUUUCAUUACCAAAAACUUUUUGUCUCCUAUCUCUAAAGCUAUUAACUUGUGGGCUCCACAAAAAUUCCCUGAUGGUGGCAAUUUAAAGAUUCCGAAAGUCUCUGUGAUAGAGUCGGCAACUUCAGUGCUCAUGCCACCAUUGCCGGACAAAGCCUACAUCAUGGAUCCUUCUUCUCGUGAAAAUGUCAUUAUCCAUGACAAGAUUUAUUCUGGGGAAGAGAUUCCAGCGAGAGAAUCCGAAUCCGAGAAAGAGCUCAUACAUAGUAAUAGUCAGCUGUUGCGAACUUUUACCGCGACUUCAGAAAAGUCAAAUCAACGUCUUGAGGAAGAUAUUGCAAGGCGUUGGCAUGAGGGACUAACAUGGCGCAAGGUGAUCGUGAGCCUCAAACCCGAUGCUCAUAAUAACAUCAUUGUUCGAAGAAGGUUUUCUAAUGCAUAUGGGUGGCCCAUAAUUGAUCACCUAACGCAAAAUCAUUUUAAUAACCUUGAUGAGGAUAUCAUGAUACCCAGCUGUAAGGAAGAACCCUUUAAAAGCGAAAGCGUUCACAAUGCUCAUGACUGGGUAAACUCUACCGAUAAGAAAACAAUGUUUGAUGUGGGGCCGACUGGUAUGAUUUCCUCGGUUACUGAAAUGCUGGACUCAUUGAGUAAAAAUAACUUCUUGCUGAAUAGGAAUUUAGAAACAUCUCGCGGGCGAGUGGGCUCUUUUGAUCAGGACCAUCUUUUUAAAUACGAGCUUGAGGACGGAGACUUGACUUAA